AUGUCCCGCGCGGAGACGGUGAAGGCAUCGCCUUCCGACACCGACGGGGAGACGGAGAAAGCGCCGUCCCUGGCCUCGGGGUUGCGGCGGGGCCGCAUGCUGCACGGCCUCGAGGUCGCCCUCGUGGUGGUUGGCCAGUGGGCUGGCUAUCUGGUGAAACCUUUCAACAAGAAGGAUGGUUCCAGCUUCACGUGCGGUCUCUGCGCCCACGAGAGCACGGACCCGAGCCCGUAUCCCCAGGCGAGUAACGAGGACGAGUUCGGCGGAUACUGGCCGUGGAAGUACCACACCGACCAUGGCAGCAUGAUCCGCCAGGCCACGGGCUAUUUGUGCCUGGUUUGCAAGGCCCUGUUGCGCAAGAAGGCGGUGCUCUUGGACCCCCACUUGCCUGGCGGCGAGAAGAAGCCGCUGAAGGAGUACAUCAAGUGGGUGCGCCAGAAUGCGGGCUGGGCGCAGACCGUGCGGCUCAAGGUGGAUGCGUACGUCCAGAGCCAGGCGGGGAAGGACCCAGAGAAGCGCCGCCGCAUGUCCAGGCAGGCCGCGGGAGACAUCCAGCAGGCUCGCCAGGUAUCUUCCGUCAAGGUCUCCGGGCGUCGCCUGUCUGCGAACUGGCAUCAAGCCUGCCCCGUGAGCAAGUGGCACGAGGCUUUCCCUGGGGCGCCGCUGCCCACGGACCCGAAUUGUCGCGGCGAGGAGCUCAUCGACGGCGCCCGGCAGGUUGUAUAUGUCAUGAAGGACGGCGCGAAGAAGUUCUUGUACGACAUCGCGGACUACGACGAUCGCAAGGUGGAGGACAGGACGGUGCUGGCGACUGUGGCCGAGUCAGACGACGACGCGGACGCGGCUGAGGUUUCGGCUGCUGCCGAGGCCGCCGUGGCCCCAAUUGCAGCCCUGCGGCGCGCCACGCAGCGCGCGGAGAUCGGUGCAGCAGAGAGCGCGCCGUCGGAGGGGCGCCAGUCCGACUCUCCCGCGAGCGACGAGGACGCCGAAGAGACGGAUCUCGUGGCCGCGGCGCUGUCGGGCCUGUGGGGCACGGCCCGCGCCGCCAAGCCCGCGCCCAAGGCUGCGACCAAGCCGCAGGCCAGACCACCAGCCCAGACGACCGGGAGGGCUACGUCCGGGCGCGCCGCCCAGACAGCCGAGAGGCCUGCCGCCAAAGGGGCUGCCACGCCCGCAGCCGCUGCCCCUUCGAAGUGCGCCGCGCCCUCGGCGCAGGCGCCGCCGCAGAGGUCAGCCGCCCGCGCCCCUGCUCAGACGGCCGCGCCCUCGGCGCAGCCAGCCGACGGCAGCGGCGCCAGUCCGCCCUUGGCGACCCCGCAGCGCUCGGGCCGGAGCCAGCCAGGGAAGAAGCGUGGCAGCGGCGGUUCGCGGGCCGCGCCCCUGCGCGCCCAGCCGCCCGACGACUCCGACGAGGGCGGCGGGCGGCCGGACGAGCCAGCACCUCUCGAGGACGGCUCCGCGUCGAAGAAGAGGGGGCGGAAGGCCCUCGAAUUCAGCCUCGCAGCGGCCGGCGGGAAACUCAAGGGCGAGGCCGACACGCUCUUCAACACGUUCCGGGAGUGUUACAAAUUGCUCGACUUCGGCGGAGAUGUGGACCUGUCCACGAAGGAGGGGAGAGCCCACUUCAAGGCCACGGCUUUUGAGCAGGCGGCAGCCGCAGAGAGCGCCAUCCACACGGCCAAGAAGGCAGCGGCCAAGAUGGGGAAGAUCCCGGAUGACGGCGCGCAGGCGCUGCAGAUCAACAAGGCGUGGCUGGCGCGCUCAGAGGAGGCGCUGGCCGCGGCAGUGCGGGUCGUCAAGGCUGCUGUGAGCGAGAAGCCAGGGAACACCGAGACUCUCCUGAAAGACACCGAGAUCGCCGCGGCGGAGGACAUCGCGUUCGGCGUGGCGUACCACAUGCGGUUCAGGAGCUGGAAGGCAGACGAGGCCAUCAAGCGCUGCGAUUGGUUACAGCUGAUGUCCCUGUUGGAAAGCGGCGCUGCAGAUGGCGCGCCCUCGGCAGAUCUCGCGACGACGACCCUCGAGCGAGUCGGCGCGGGCCUGAUUUCGGCCGUCGCGAAGUCGGACGCCAAGAAGGGAGGCGGAUCGUUUGCUGCCGUGGUUGCCUUCGCUGGCGGCGCGCGGGAUGCUCUCCAGCGGGCCCCCGCCGACCCUGCGCGGCCCGUGUGGGAGGAGGAGCUGAAGGGUCAAAUCCAAGUUCUCUGGGCAGUGUCGCGCACGAGCACUGCCCCGCUGACUGAGGUGGAGGAGGCGCUGGAGGCGCCCCCGCAGCUGGAGGGGGCCUUGGGCGUCGCUUUGAACACGAGCCCGGGCGGCAAAGUCCUCGCUGGUUGGGCGGAGUCGGCCAUGAAGAAGCGGCCCCACGAGGAGGCUGCUCUCCAGUGCGCCCAGGCAGCCCGGGAGCUCUUCGCGCAGGUGACGGGCCAUGCCGCCGGGGAACAGUGGCAGAAUUGGACCGAGGAGGUGUCGCGCGCCUGCAAGAAGCAGAAGGAGGCCGCGUCCAAGGCGGGCGCGCUGCAGGAGGCCGGCCGGCACCAACUCGCCAGGGAAGGCACGGCGUUCGAGGACGUGGUCCUCGGGUUGCUCUUGCGCUCGCCCCGCGAGGAGGAGCUCCUGACUGCCGCGUGCGUCGAGCGGCUGGAGUUGGAGCACGGCUGGUCGACCGUCGAGGAGUGGGCGCGUGAUGGCAUCAAGGGCCCCCAUGAGACCGCCUUCGGGGCAUUGAAGAAGGUCGCCGACAUCGCCGCGUACAGCCGUCUCGACGUACCUGGGAUGAAGCAGCCAGUGAAGACAGCCAAUCGGUUGUGCGACCUCUUGAAGGAGAGCCCCGAGGCGUUGUUGAAGGUCUCUGGCGUGACAGUGUCUGCGGAAGACAACGUAGAGGGGCUGCAGUCGCUGUUCUCCCUCGCGCUGGGCACGGCGGCGCGCGCGCGCAGGGCCUUGGGCCGCAGCGUUCUGGCCAGAGCCAAGGGUGCAGCAGAACAGUCUCUGAAGCGCGUGGACUCGGCGGCGUGGCAACGGAAGGAAUUUCAGGCCUUCUUGAAUAUCUCCAAGCUGCUGAGCGCGGAGCCGCCCGAGGACACCUGGAAGGAAGCGGACAUGUGGCUGUGCAGCGUCGCGGCCGUCGCCGACGCCAAGGAGCUUGCCGAGCAGGCCGGGGGCGAGCUGAACCUGGAGCUGUGGGAGAACGCGAGCGACGCCGUGCGCCAGCUCGGGGACAUGGCGCAGCCGGAGCGCGCCUUCCAGACGGUCAUCGCGAUGACUUUCGACGCUUCUCUGGAAGAUGUGGAGGCAGCAGUGGGGGCCAGCAAGGAGCUGCACGCGCAGGCCGUGCCAUGGCUGGAGAAAGUCGCGCAGGAGCGGGCUGAACGCUCCGUCAAGCGGUUCGACGCCGAGCCAGCCGUGCGCGCCGCGAAGGAGCUUCUUGAGAGGAGCCCCAUCCCCGAGACGCUGCAGGAAGCGGCCGAGUUCUUAAAGGUUGUCGGUGGCACCGUGGACAUGCCGGAGACCAUCGGCGGCAAGGGUGGGAAGAUGGUUGAUGCUGUCAACAAGGUGAUCGGUGGCUUCUCUCUCAUAAAGGAGGUGUGCCGCGACCCCCAUCUUGAGUCGCAGGUGGACUCCAUGACGUCACAGUUGCGACAGCGGCUCUUCCUGGUCGCCUGGUGCGCGAACGUGACGUCGUCGAUUUGGGAGGCGAAAGGGCAGUCGAGGAUUCUGACCCAGCAGAAGCAGAAGGUCCGCGAUGCCAUGAAGAACCUCAUCAGCGUCGCACAGGAGCCUGACAAGAUGAAGGAGGAGUUUCCCGCGCUCGAGGGCCGCCUGAUCCCCGAGAUCCUUCUGAACGCGGGGAAGGCGAUCCUCGCCGGCCGCGCAGUGAGCGGGGAGGGCGAGGCGGAGGGCGCCAGCGGUGCAGCAGACAGCGCGCCUGGGAGCGGGGCCGGCGGCACUGACCAGAAAGGGUGCGCCCGGGCUGGGCCCGGGGCCGCCAAGAGGGCCAGGGUGGGCGACGCGGCGUCGUUUCCAAAGGCGACGCCGCAUUCCCCAGCGGUUCUGGCGGCGAAGAGAGCCAGCGUUGGCGGCGCCCCCGUGUGCAAGUCCGCGCGCAAGGCCGCGUAG